ACCUCCACCUGAAGAAAACAAGAUAGGCUUUAGCUUUUAGUUUUACCUUACGAACCAGAUUUAAUUUUAAGAAGACAACUUCCAAAAUCAUUCACAGAUUUGUUCUUCUUAUCAGAAUUUUACAUUUACUUAAUGCUUCACAAAACACACAAGCUGAGAGCAAAAAGAGACAAAAAUCGGUUUCAUAAAGAGGCUGGGUCACGGUGACCUAUGGCGGCCUCAUGGAAGCUUCUUGUGCAAAGGCAAAGAAACACGUUGCUUAAAUACUGCAGUUCCCCUUGCGUCAACUGUCAGAUAACCAGGAGACAUUCUAAACUUCAGAGGGAUUCCUAUAAGUUACGGAAUUAUGUUUAUACACGGUAUUCGGUUCGUGCUUACAGCGCGGAAAAAGCAUCACCAAAGUCUGCAAAGAGCAAGGAGAAAUCCAAAGAAAAUGUGAAAGUGGAAUAUACUAUUCCAACAGUAAAAGGCGAAAAAAAAGAUGUCACCUGCCCUUUACCCCAGUCUUACAGCCCCAGAUAUGUAGAAGCAGCGUGGUACGACUGGUGGGAGAAGAGUAACAUUUUCACUCCAGAGAAUACAGAUAAGCAUUCAUUGAGUGAGGAGAAGUUUGUAGUCAUGCUGCCACCACCCAAUGUGACUGGAACUCUCCACUUGGGGCAUGCACUGACCAACUCCAUACAGGACGCCAUUGUCAGGUGGCACAGAAUGCAUGGCCAGCAGGUGCUCUGGUUACCAGCCACUGACCACGCAGGUAUAGCCACUCAGGUGGUUGUAGAGAAGAAGUUGUGGAGGGAGAAGAAAAUGACCAGACAUGAUAUCGGAAGAGAAAAGUUUCUGGAAGAAGUGUGGAAGUGGAAAGAAGAAAAGGGUGGAACAAUUUGUGACCAGCUCAGGAAGAUGGGAUCAUCUUUAGACUGGAGUCGUGAAUGUUUUACAAUGGACCCAAAAUUAUCUGCUGCAGUGACGGAAGCUUUUGUGCGUCUCCAUGAUGAGGGGGUUAUUUACCGUGGCACCAGACUGGUCAACUGGUCAUGUGCUUUACAGUCUGCUAUUUCUGAUAUAGAAGUGGAGCCAGUUGAAAGUGAAGGAGAAAUGGCUGUGGCAAUUCCAGGCUAUCGGAAGAAAGUCAAAUUUGGCCUCCUUUCCUCAUUUGCCUAUCCCAUAGAAGGAGGAGGAGAGAUAGUUGUUGCUACAACACGCUUGGAGACAAUGCUGGGAGACACGGCCAUAGCAGUUGACCCUGAGGACGACAGAUACAAGCACCUGCAUGGGAAGUUUGCCAUUCAUCCUUUCUGUGAUAGGAAGUUACCAAUAGUAUGUGAUGAGUAUGUGGACAAGGAUUUUGGGACAGGGGCUGUGAAGAUCACCCCAGCACAUGACUUCAAUGAUUUUGAAGUGGGGAAAAGACAUGAUCUGCCUCUGAUUAACAUCCUUGAUAAAAUGGGGAACAUCACAGGCAGUGGAGGAUCUCAGUUUGAGGGUAUGAAACGGUUUGAAGCCAGAGAAGCUAUUGAGGAAGCAUUAAACAGUAAGAAUCUAUUUCGAGGAUCUGUGCCACAUCCUAUGAAGAUACCAGUUUGUAGUCGUUCCAGAGACGUGAUAGAACCGUACCUGACAGACCAGUGGUUCUUGAGGUACAGGGACAUGGCAGAGACAGCAAUGGAGGCUGUAAGCAGUGGAAAAUUGAAGAUUAUUCCAGAAUAUUACAGUAAAGUUUGGUUUGAAUGGCUGGAAAACAGUGAAAGCAGGGAUUGGUGUAUAUCUAGACAGCUAUGGUGGGGGCACAGGAUACCUGCUUAUUUAGCAACUCCAAAGUCAGCUCAGUCUUCAGAUGGAGUUUGGGUGAGUGGAAGAACUGUGGAAGAGGUUCUGUCCAGGGCUGAACAGGUGCUUGGUGUACCCCAGGCAGACAUAGAGCUAAGACAAGAUGAGGAUGUGCUUGACACCUGGUUUUCCUCGGCUCUCUUCCCGUUCUCUUCACUGGGCUGGCCUGAUCAGACCUCAGACCUGCAGGCUUACUACCCGGGGAGUUUCCUGGAAACAGGCAAUGAUAUCUUGUUCUUCUGGGUGGCCAGAAUGGUCAUGAUGGGACAGAAGCUCACAGGAAAAUUACCCUUCAAGGAGGUUCUUCUGCAUGGCUUACUAAGGGAUGCCCAGGGACGGAAAAUGAGCAAGUCCCUGGGUAAUGUCAUUGACCCCAUGGACGUCAUACAUGGAGCUUCUCUGCAGGAACUUCAGGAUAAAAUUGACGCUGGGAAUUUGGAUCCUAAAGAGGUGAAGAUGGCCAAGUCAGGGCAGAAGAAGGAGUAUCCACAAGGCAUUCCUGAGUGUGGGACAGACAGCCUGAGGUUUACCCUGUGCUCUUAUAAUUUUAAAGCUGAAGUCCUCAACAUGAACGUGAGCCAUGUGAUUACCAACAGAAGGUUCUGCAAUAAGAUAUGGCAGGCAUUUAAGUUCACCAUGGCAAGUUUGGGACCAGACUACAAGCCUCAUGAUACAUUUAAACUCUCAGGACAUGAAAGUCCCGUAGAUUUAUGGAUAUUGAGCAGGCUUUCCACUGUGGUACAGCAAUGUGACAGGUAUUUCAGAGCUUAUGAUCUCCACCUGGCGGCUCAGGCUCUGCACCAGUUCUGGAUGGCUGACUUCUGUGAUAUUUAUAUUGAAUGCUCCAAAUCACCCCUAAAUGAAGAUGAUGAAGAUGCGAAAACCUGUGUCCACGACAUUCUUCACCAUUGUGUAGAUGUUUGGCUGAGGGCCUUACAUCCUUUCAUGCCUUUUAUAACUGAAGAGCUCUUUCAGCGUCUCCAUGGCAACUCAGACCAUGAAGUGAGAAGUAUCAGUGUCUCAGCAUAUCC